GGGCCGGGCUGCGCGCGGCGAGUAGGAAGCCCUCGCCCCGCGGAGGCUGCGGGAGAGAGCUCGAUGGGCCGUGGCGGUGGGCGCACGCUCUGCAGGGACUCAUGCCACGCGCGUCCUGGUCCGGCGCGCAAUUAGCAGCCGCCUCCGCAGCCCGCCGCCGCCGCCUCCUCGUCCUCUCGGGCUGCCGCGGCGAGAAGCUGCAGCCGUCGCCUUGCACCGGCUGCCGGCAUUGUCCUCCCGAUCCGCCGCCCAAGCUGCCGCUGCCGCCGUGGGCUGCUGCGGGGCCCCGGACCCGCGCCUUAGGGACGCGCCGCCGCCACUGGCCAGCCCGGCGCCCGCUCGGUGAUUUCCGCGCCCAGCGCUGCUCCACCAUCCUCUCCUGAGUUUUUCCUGCGGAUCUGAGGAAGGAGAGAAGUCCAGCCACCAAGCCCAGCCUUCCUCCGGCGCGCAGCCCCGACGGGGCCGCGGCAGGCGCGGCGAGAGCGCCGACGGAGCCAUGAGAGAGUACAAAGUGGUGGUGCUGGGCUCGGGCGGCGUGGGUAAGUCCGCGCUCACGGUGCAGUUCGUGACCGGCUCCUUCAUCGAGAAGUACGACCCCACCAUCGAGGACUUCUACCGCAAAGAGAUCGAGGUGGACUCGUCGCCGUCGGUGCUGGAGAUUCUGGACACGGCAGGCACGGAGCAGUUCGCGUCCAUGCGGGACCUGUAUAUCAAGAACGGCCAGGGCUUCAUCCUCGUCUACAGCCUCGUUAACCAGCAGAGCUUCCAGGAUAUUAAGCCCAUGCGGGACCAGAUCAUCCGCGUGAAGCGGUACGAGCGCGUGCCCAUGAUCCUGGUAGGCAACAAGGUGGACCUGGAGGGCGAACGCGAGGUCUCCUACGGCGAGGGCAAGGCCCUGGCCGAGGAGUGGAGCUGCCCCUUCAUGGAGACGUCUGCCAAAAACAAAGCCUCGGUGGACGAGCUGUUCGCCGAGAUCGUGCGGCAGAUGAACUACGCGGCGCAGCCCAACGGCGACGAGGGCUGCUGCUCGGCCUGCGUGAUCCUCUGAGGCGCCCGCGGCCGCCGCGCGCCGGCCGCGCUCUGCGCACAAAAGCCAAACGCACCCGACUCUCUAAAUGUGAUUUCUCUUCUUGCUUUGAGAUUGGAGACGACUUUGCAUUGGCCAGAGUGUUCUGGGAGCCCGGCUGGCCUCCAUGGCCGAGUCCCUUGCCUCUGCCCCGUGUCCGAGGGGGUGUCCCGUCCUGACCAUCGGAGACCCGGUGGAAAUGUGGCUCUUUGCGGCUUGUACGUUUCUCAUUGAUUUUGGUUGAUGCAUUAUUUCCCCGUUGAAGCAGCCGUUAGGGCGCUGUACUGGCAGUUUGACACCGGCCAGCGAAAGUUUCAGCCUGGAAAGAAAAAAAUGGGGUGGGGGAGGAAAAGGACGGGGAGAAGGUGGAAAGGGGGGGGAUUUUUUUUUUUUCUGUCAACAACCGUUUUUCUAGUUCCAAGUUUUAAAUACACGGAAGGAAGUCCGGAGAACCAAAUGAAGGAGCAGGAGGAGAGGAAGAAACUUUUGUUUUUUCCUUGUUUUCCAGGAGUAACUGGAAAUUAAGAUCGGGUUCCUUUUCUGCCAGCUUGGAAGGGCAACCCCGUGACUGAUUGCGAUUCUGAGGAUGUCUAUGCAAAGUUGGAUUCUUGUUACAGUGUAUCCAAUCUGAAGUAUUGCACAUCUGAACUGGGACUGUUAACACUGAUGCCAAUACAGUGUGGGGUGCCAGAAAGUGUCUGCUGAUAUUUGUGGAAAAAAAAAUCUAUUUUGUUUACCUACUGUAUCAAAGGGGAGUCUGGGGGAGAACGGUAGUAUUUUUUUUUAUCAGCUGUGAAAAAAAAAUGUUACAGAUCUGCA